AUGACUGUCGAUUAUGAAGGAUGGUGGUCAAUAAAACCGAAGAAAGUUUGCUACACCCACAUAGGAUGUUUCAGCAACGCAAAGCCUUUUAACAAUGCACACAGAACCUUGCCUCAGUCUCCGAGUACUAUUGAUACCACCUUCAGUCUGUACACCAGACAAAACAGGGAUACCGCCCAGAUCCUGGAUCCUUAUGAUACAAACAAAAUCUCCAGUUCACACUUUGAUUCCAGUCUACCGACUGUUUUUAUCACCCAUGGAUAUAAAGACACGGCCAAGUCCGGGUGGCCAUUGCAAAUGAAAGACGCUUUUCUAGAAAAGGGAGACAUGAACGUGAUAGCCGUUGACUGGUCAAAGGGCACCAAGGGAAGAAUUUACCGUCAAUCCGCUGCCAAUACCCGUGUGGUGGGCGCCACCAUUGGGAACAUGAUCAAGGUUCUACGAGACAGCUUCAGCUUACCUCUAGGUCAGGUCCAUCUUAUCGGACACAGUCUCGGUGCUCAAAUCAUGGGGUACGCCGGGGACUGGGUACAAGGAAUUGGCAGAAUCACGGGACUAGACCCAGCUGGCUUGUAUUUUGAAAAAUUUGACACCAAAGUUAAAUUGGAUCCUUCCGACGCGAAUUUUGUUGAUGUCAUUCAUACGGAUGGAGCCUCUCUGCUGGAAUUGGCUUUUGGAAUCAGGACACCAAACGGACACGUUGACUUCUAUCCAAAUGGGGGUACAAGACAACCCGGAUGUAAACGUAAUCUGUGGACCAACAUCUUUAACUUCUUCAAAGGAAAGUUUGGAUGGAUUUCUAAAAGCCUUACAUGCAGCCACAUGAGGGCGAUAUACUACUUCAUCGAGUCCAUCAAUUCCUCUUGUGAAUAUAAGGCGUUCCCUUGCACAUCAUAUUUGAACUUCUACCGAGGAAGUUGUUUGUCGUGUGCAAAUGGCUGCAACAGAAUGGGUUUCAAUGUCGAUAAGAAUGUUCACGGCAAAUUUUAUCUGCAAACAAACGCUGCGCCUCCCUUCUGCAAAAGGCACUGAAUGUGGAGUUUGACAUUUCCGUUUUACAUUUUCUCAUGCAGUGUUUCGUGGAUAUUUCUUAAGAUGGACAA